UUGGUAAAUAUUGCAGCAGCCAGUGCCGGUCCCGGACCAGCUGGACAGCAAGGUACAGCUGCGGGUAAAAUUUGUGGAUAUUUUGAUGAAGAACACGAUUUCCUCAGUGGUUUUCUAAACAUCGCUAAGGAAGUUGGCAUGAAACUCAGUGAUCAACAAGGUGGACAAGCAGGAGUUCAGGCAGAUGCUGGUGCACAGGCAGGUCAUGAAGGUUCCAAGGUCAGCUCGGAUGAUUUCGCAAAACUGCUGGCAGCGCUCGGACCUCUUGUUGGAACAAUCACUAACAAAGCUUUCACAUCGGACGCUCCAAAAAAGGAUGUCGAAGAAGAAGUCACAAAAGUCGAUUCGCAAGGAGGGAAGGUGCAGCUUUCAUCGGCUCCAACAGACUCAGCAGCAAAAUCUGGAUCUGAACAGGGUGCACAGGCUUCAGCUGGAGACUCAGCAGCAAAAUCUGGAACUGAACAGGGUGCACAGGCUUCAGCUGGAGGUAAUUUCGAUCAUCUUCGAACUCAACUCAUCUUGCUUCUCUUCCCUAUAAGGGAUCCCAGAGUUACAGUACCAAAUGAAAGCAAACUCAGUGGCGGCGAUUUCCUCAGCGGUCUUAUGAAUGUGGCUAAAGAUUUGGGCAACGCUAUCAAUGAGCCACAGUCAGGAACUGAGAAAGUCCAGCAAGGCAACCACCAACAAAUCAAUCAAGAUGAUAUUGCUAAGAUUACCGCUAGUCUUGGUACUCUUGGCAUGUUGCUAAAGGAUAAGGCUGGCGACUUCUUUGAGAAGCCAAUUGGCGAAAAAGAAAAGGAGACGCCUAAAGAGCAGCCUAAACAUGAACCUGUUAUCGACGAUGUGGAAGGCGAAAUUGGACGAGUUAAAGUCUCUGGAUACACUGGAGAAAGAGAUUUAACCAAGAAAAAUGAAUAA